AUGGGAGAGAUGACAAUCAUCUCCCAGCCAACAGGCCCUACAGGGACAGAUGCUGAACAGCGAGCUCUUCUUCUGCAUGCACAGUACGUGAAACAAGUGGAAGAUGGCUACGGCGACCAGAAGCUAUCAUCUACGCCUCACGAGCCCCUCGCGUUCAAGGUCGUUGCAGUCAUGUACAGCUGGUUUGUGACGGGGAUGCAUGUUGCUUCUAUCGGCGCUCUUCUUCCAUUGAUCGAGUCCUACUACGACAUCAAAGACGCCACGGCUGCUCUCAUCUUCCCUGUUGGAGUGUCGGGCUAUCUCAUCGGCAACUCUCUCGUACACUUGGUCCACGUCAAGUUCGGCCGAAGAGGAAUAGCGGUCCUCGGCACCCUCCCUCACGUCGUUGGAGGCAUCAUCCUCUCUUCCAAGCCCGGCUAUCCGUUCCUUCUCGCGGCCUAUUUCAUCACCGGGUUUGGGACAGGGUUCUCCGACUCCAGCUUCUGCACCUGGGCCGCUGUAGUUCGGGGAUCCAACAAGGUCUCUGGACUCAUUCACGGGUCGUACGCUUUUGGGUGUGUCGUGGGUCCUGUGGUCGUUGCUGCUCUUGAGAAAGCGGGUCUCGGAUGGCAGUACUUCUACUUUGUCAUGCUGGUGGUAUUUGUCGUCGAGACUUGGACGUUGAUCGUCGCGUUUCGACACGACGAUGCCGCGACGCACCAUUCCAAGCUAUCUCCAAAACAGGAUCCCGUCGGCGGCUUCGCUGGAUGCAAGGAAGUCAUCUUCAUGUGUGGCGUGUUCUUCUUCGUCAUCGUUGGCAUCGAGACAUCUCUAAGCGGCUGGCUCACGAGCUACAUGGAGCGGUCCCGGCAUACGGCUCCGUCGGUCGCGGCUCUGGCCACUUCCCUUUUCUGGUGCGGCAUGGUCCUGGGACGGUUCUGUCUCGGUCCUCUGACCAGACUGGCUCGUCUUCGAAACGUCGUCAUCCUCCUCAUCUGCACGUUGAUCGCGCUGCAGCUUCUCUUCAGAUUCGAAGGACCCCUGGCGUUGUCACUAUGCCUCGCGGCCGGCAUCGGCUUCGCCUCAGGACCGCUGUUCCCGUCGGCCGUAUUGACCAUGACGGCGAAACUGCCAACCGACAUCCAGCUUCCUGCCGUUGCUCUCACGUGCGCGAUUGGUCAGCUUGGUGGCGCCGGCGCCCCGUUCGUCAUCGGCAUCAUUGCUCAAUCGUCGGGCAUCGAAAGCCUGUUUGACGUAGUGCUCGGCCUGUCCCUUGCUCUCCUUUUGAUUUGGCUGGUUUUCUCACGAGCAUGA